AGUUGGGGGAGGCUUGGCAUAAACUAAGGAGUAUGUGCUAAAUGCUCCAUAGGGCUACCUAUGUCCAACCCAAAAGUUCAAUUUCUAAUAUUUACGACUCCUUUCACCACUGAUACGGAUGUUUCCCAAAUCCUCAGUGUCAUUCUUAUUGUUGUCUGUUUGACACAAUCGAUCCUUAUCCUCUGCAAAUCUCCCCUCUGUGAGAGACUUUAUUUCUCCUGUAGCACACCUUGUUUGUAUGCCCCUUAGUUCCUGCUGGAUUCCAAGCACCCAUUUUUCACAGCUCUGGCUCCUGUCCAUAGAGAAUAAUUUUCAUGAGCCCAUCAUAGAGGAACUGAUUCUUCUUUUCUGGUGGCAAGAAAAGCCUGCCUUUAGAAGAAAAGUCUGAAGUCAUCAAAACAAUGUAAUAUCCUGUGUGAAAUGCUGCCGUCACGAUGUCUUGUGGUUUGAGUACCCUUGAUCAUGCGCCCUGAGUGAAGUAAGUUGCAGGUGGCCGUGACUCUGAGGCCUCAGUAGGUGCAUCUUCAGCCCACUUCACACUUUGGGCUCCUCGGGGAGGAGGGGCUGCAGCCCUGGCCCACUGUUAGCACAAUGAUCCUGAGGCUGCUCCUGAUUCUCAACUUCUUCCCUUCAAUUCAAGUAACAGAAAACAAGAUUUUGGUGAAGCAGUCGCCCAUGCUUGUGGUGUGCAACAAUGAGGUCAACCUUAGCUGCAAGUAUACCUACAAUCUCUUCUCAAAGGAGUUCCGGGCGUCCCUUCAUAAAGGAGCAGAUAGUGCUGUGGAAGUCUGUGUUGUGCAUGGAAACUACUCCCAUCAGCUUCAGUUUCAAUCAAAUACAGGAUUCAACUGUGAUGGGAAAUUUGACAAUGAAACAGUGACAUUCUACCUCUGGAAUUUGUAUGUUAACCAAACGGAUAUUUACUUCUGCAAAAUAGAGGUCAUGUAUCCUCCCCCUUACAUAGACAAUGAGAAGAGCAAUGGAACCAUUAUCCAUGUGAAAGAGAAUCAUCUUUGUCCAGCUCACUGGUGUCCUGACUAUCUUAAGCAAUGUUGGGCACUGGUGGUGGCUAUUGGAGUCUCGGCUUUCUACAGCGUGGUAGUAACAGUGGCUCUGUAUACUUGCUGGAUGAAGAAUAGGAGCAACCGUAUCCUGCAGAGCGACUACAUGAACAUGACCCCCCGGAGGCCAGGGCUCACCCGCAAGCACUACCAGCCCUACGCUCCAGCGCGCGACUUCGCGGCCUACCGCUCCUGACAUGGACGCCUAUCCAGAUGCGAGCCGGCUGGCACCACUUCACCUGCUCAACACCACUGCUCUGGAUAGGAAAAUGACCAUCUCGUCUUCAGCCGGCCACCUCAGGCCCCUGCUAGGCCGCCGAUGCCAAUUUUUCUUGAACAGCUAGACCAAAUAACAUCAUUUUGAGACUCUGAAAUGAAGUUAAAGAAUAUUACUGUGACAUGCUAAAUCUUGCAUUUCCCUGGCCCAAAAUCAGAUUUAGUAUGUAUUUAUUGACUUGAUUGAGAGGUUAGGAUAGAAAAUUAAAAGUGAGUGAAUUUUGUUUGCCUUAAAAAUCUGCUGCCAAUUUUACUCCUUUCUCACUCACCUGAACGUUGCAGUUAAGUGAAGCGUGAUAUCAAAGGACUUUUGAAGCAGAGAAGAAAUCAGUCAAAAAAUCAUUCUCCUUGGUUAAAUGGGGAUUUAGAGUGAGGAUACAUUAGAG